AUGUUGAGGAAUGUGAACAGGGAAGUGCGGCUGUCGAAGAACACGCGGAUGAGAAUAGGUGAUGCUGCUGAUGAGAAUGAACAAUACAAUGACCAGGAAAAUGAAGGUGACAUAGGUGUUCUGGCUGAAGAUGGCCUUGCGGAAGAAUGCCAGGAACAGCAUGAUGAUGCCGAGCACCAGGAAACAGCAGAGGAGCUGUCCGAGGAGGAUGGAGAACAUAGGCUUUGA